CGCACCCACCAACUCAGAUCGCCAUGACUAGGAACAUUGACACAAGUGCGGAUGAUCUUGUUAUCGAGCCCAUCGGAGAAGCUAUCGCCAUAUAUGAUGAAGUUUUGGAAGAGCUUCGCAAGUUCAUGCCUAAAGAUUCCCGUGCCGUCGAGCUUGCCACGUUUUUCAUCGGUGGUAACAAUGAAGUGAGCAAUAUAGACACUCAGAUGAUGAUAAUAUUCUCACAUGUCAUCAACCAGGACAUCCUCCAGGGUGCCGGCUAUCGCCACUUCGCAAGCCUUGCCAACAGACCCAGCCCAGACUCCCUUGCAGCUUUCAACCAGAUCAUCCGCAAGAUUACUCAGCAAAGCAUCAACACCCACGACGCAAUGCUUCCUCACCUCAUCUACAAGAUCUCCAACGUGCGCGAGCCACCUGCCACCAGUCCUAACAAGCUGCUCGAUGCAACCCCAGCCAUGCUCUUCGAAGUCAUCCGCCCUCGUCUUCAGCUCGGUAACGACCUUCACAUGACCUUCGAUAGGGUUGGCAGAACCACCAUUGACGGUCUCGAGCGUUUGAAGAAGCAGAAUGAGGAGUGGUCGAAGAUCUGGAACAAUGGAUUGAAGCAGCUGGAGCCAAAAAUUGUCGAGCUGAGCUUCAAUCAGGUCAAGAGCGCUAUACUGAGCUUAGAGAGAACGAUGAUGGGUUGCCUUCGUACUAUUCACACCCACCACAUGAAGAAGGGCUGG